CUCACUCAAAGUUACGUCUCAUUUACCUGCUGUAAUUACCCGUAAUACUUCUGGCGUGGAAGAGUAGUCAAAAUGGCCCCCGUCGAGACGGAAUACUACGACUUGUUGGGUGUCCCUACGGAUGUCAACGACACCGAAUUGAAGAAGGCCUACCGCAAGCAGGCUAUCAAGUAUCAUCCGGACAAGAAUCCCUCGCCAGAAGCCGAGGAGAAGUUCAAGGAUAUCAGCAAAGCGUACCAGGUGCUCUCUGACUCAAAUAUGCGGGCGGUGUACGACCGCAACGGGUCGAAGAUGGUUGACAAGGAGGGUGGACUCAAUAUGGAGGACGCGGCCGGGUUCUUUGCGAACGUCUUUGGCGGCGAGCGGUUCAGGGACUAUAUUGGCGAGAUCUCGCUGAUGAAGGAGAUGACCUCCGUAGCGACGACGAUGAUGUCCGAAGAAGAAAAGGCGGAGAUGGAGCGCGAGCUGAACGAAGGCCGUGGGCCCGCUUCGCCGUCUGCCUCGUCCCCACCACACGGCAUCAUACCCACAUCGCCAUCGCCUCCCCCGGGCGGUACCACCGCGCCCUUCUCUGCCCCGACGCCUGCGGAGCCAUCCUCCACGAACGGCAACACUGCCCUGACGCCGUCCCCGCUGCCCACGCCCGACAGCGAGCAGAAGCACUUGUCCUCUGCGUCGCCGUCACACAGCCAGAAGGAGAGGGAAAGGAAGAAGAGUAAGAUCACGCCGGAGCAGAAGAAGAAGCUGCAGGAGCUCGAAGACGAGCGGCGAAAGAACAUGGAGGAGCGCGUCGAGACGCUGACCAAGAAGCUCGUUGAGCGGCUCCGACCGUUCAUUCACGCGAAACGUCCUGGGGACAAGGACGAUCCUGAGACGCAAGCAUUCGAGGCGAAGAUAAAGCGGGAGGCUGACGAUAUGAAGCUCGAGAGCUUCGGUGUCGAGCUGCUUCAUACGAUCGGCAAUGCCUAUAUGAUGAAAGCGACAACGUUCAUGAAAUCAAAGAAGUUCCUGGGAAUUCCGGGGUUCUUUUCCCGUUUAAAGGAGAAGGGUGCCAUGGCGAAGGAGACAUGGGGUGUCAUUGGAAGCGCCAUCGGUGUGCAGCAGAUGAUGAACGAAAUGGAGAAGAUGCAAGAGCGUGGCGAGGUUCAUGAGGAGGAGCUUCGUGCCCUGGAAGAAGACAUCACUGGACGGAUCAUGCUUGCUUCGUGGCGAGGUACUCGCUUUGAGGUCGUGAACGUUCUGCGCGAGGUCUGCGAUAAAGUUCUCAAAGACUCAACAGUUAACGAUCAGGAGCUCUAUUUGAGAGCGAAGGGUCUUAUGAUUAUCGGAGCGAUAUUCAAGAAUACCCAGCCGGACGAGUCUGAUGAGGAGCGCCGGGAGCUCGAGAGGAUGGUUGCCGAGGCUGCCUCCGGCAAGUCGAAACACCACCAGCUUCGAGCACAAGCUAGGGCGGCAGAGAAGGCGAAGAAGCAUGCAUCGGAGCACGGACAGCACAUCACUAUUCCUGCAGCCGAAACUGCCGAGAAGGAUAAGGCAGCAUCCUAAAGCAAUACACAUGUUGGUGUUUCUGAGCUCAUCGUCAAGUUGUGCUGGAUGUCUGCUUCCCCUAGAUCUUUCUUCUUGGAUAUGAACUCGAGUUAUCGUGUAGUACUUUAUCGCUGCUAAUUGCCUUUUAAUACCUCCCUUCCACUAUCGUCGGGGCCUAAAUAGCUGUGCAGUCUAUGUCGGCCUAGAUAUACUCAUUGAAAAUGCUAG